CUGGGCAAUGUGGUCGUGUUCGUUUGUGUGAAUGUGGUUGGAGCUUUGAUGCACUCGCUGAUGGAAACCGCCCAGCGCAGAGCCUUCCUAGACACCAGGAACUGCAUCGCGGCGAGACUCGACAUGGAAGACGAAAACGAGAAAUUGGAAAGGUUACUGUUAUCCGUUCUCCCGCAACACGUCGCUAUGGAGAUGAAGAACGAUAUCAUAUCGCCGGUCGAGGGACAGUUCCACAAGAUAUACAUACAGAAACACGAACAAGUCAGUAUACUGUUUGCGGACAUCGUUGGUUUUACUGUACUCGCUUCGCAGUGCAGUGCGCAGGAGCUGGUGCGGCUACUGAACGAACUUUUCGGAAGAUUCGAUCAAUUGGCGAACGACAAUCAUUGCCUCCGCAUCAAGAUCCUGGGUGACUGUUACUACUGCGUGUCGGGAUUGCCGGAGCCGCGCUCCGACCACGCUCGCUGCACCGUCGAGAUGGGACUAGACAUGAUCGAUGGCAUCGCGUCAGUUGUGGAGGCUACCGACGUACAGCUAAACAUGCGGGUGGGAAUACACACGGGCCGAGUGUUGUGCGGAGUGCUCGGUCUUCGCAAGUGGCAGUACGAUGUGUGGUCCAAUGACGUCACUCUUGCAAACAAUAUGGAAGCUGGCGGCGAACCUGGUCGUGUACACAUCACCCAAGCCACGUUGGAGUGCCUGGGAGGUGCGUACGAGGUAGAGCCGGGACACGGAGCUAGUCGCAACGCGUACCUAAGGGACCACUCUGUUCAGACAUACUUCAUUAUACCGCCGCCCAGGAGAAGAAAAAUGUGUUUAUCUUCGACGGCGGGACUGGGCACGGGCUCGCGUCGGAAACUAUCCUUCAAGAACGUUUCCAACGUGGUCGUACAACUCCUGCACUCGAUUAAGUUCAACGUGGAUGUUCCGUUCUCGAAUAUGGCCGCGUCGCCUCAGGAACUCAAGGCCAAUGCAGCCCGGAAGGUGCUGGACUUGCAGCGUGCACUGCACGCGGAGCCGGGGUCGGCGGAGGCGCUGCGGGUGGCGGCGCUGCGGGCGGACGACGUGAGCGGCUCCCCCUCCCGCGCCCCCCACAACCACACCUUCGACGCCCUCCUGCAGCACCACGCCCUGCGCGCGCACCACACGAAUAAGGUAACGGAGAAAUUUAAGCGGCCUCUGAAAAAGCGUCACUCGUCUGUCUACCACCAGCCUACCAACCGCGUCAACAAGUACCUAGCGCAAGCUAUAGACGCCCGCUCCGUGCAUCGCGAGAAGGCAACUCACGUGCAUCUGCUAACGUUGUGCUUCAAACAAGCUGACAAAGAGGCUCAGUACCGCGCGUCAACGGACGGCGGUUGGGCCGGGUCGCUGGGCGCGGCUCUGGGCGCACUGGUGGCGGCGGGCACGCUGCAGGCCGCCAUCUUGCCGCGCACCACCAUCUUGUUGCUGCUCUUCGUCACCGCUUUCGCGUGGUCGGCCGCCGUCCUCGCGUUGACUCUAGCCGCUCGACUGAGGCUCAUACCUUGCGAUGUAUCCAGGCCGUUCGCUCUCAGGAACGCCAUCACGACCUUCACUCUCGUGCUGGGCUAUGCCGUGGGCCAAGUUAAUGUGGUGACGUGUCGCAAAGUGGACGUGUGUCGGAACCUCACCGAGAACGUAACGAUGGACGAUAUCAGUAUGGCGAGUGACGACGUCGCGUCUCUGCUGUGGAGCAGCGCCGACCACCGCGCGUGUCCGGUGCCGCUGUACGUGACGCUGGGCUGCUGCCUCAGCAUGCUGGCGGUCGCGGGCUUUCUCAGACUGCCGAUACUUAUCAAGGGCAUCCUCCUCUACGUCAUGACGGCCGGGUACAUGGUAGUCAUACUGGCCUACCAUAAGGACUUGUUCGACUGCUACGAUCUAAUGACCGAACCGGGGCCAGUAGGGUCGGCGUACGUCGCCUGCGCCUGGACGCUGGCACUGGCAUUGGCAGUGUUAUUGCACGCGCGGCAGACGGAGUGGACGGCGCGACUCGACUUCUUGUGGCAAGUUCAAGCGCGCGAUGAGAAAAGAGAUAUGGACGCUCUACAGGCAUCAAACAGAAGAAUACUUUUCAACCUAUUACCGGCGCACGUGGCCACUCACUUCUUGGAUAAUCAAUUUAGAACAAAUAUGGACCUGUACCACCAGUCGUACCAGCGCGUCGGCGUCGUGUUCGCCUCCAUCACCAACUACCACGAGUUCUACAUGGAGCUCGACGGGAACAACCAGGGCAUGGAGUGUCUGCGCUUGCUCAACGAAAUCAUAGCUGACUUCGACGAGCUUUUAGGUGAAGAUCGCUUCAGUGCAAUAGAUAAAAUAAAGACUGUUGGUUCAACGUACAUGGCCGCCGUCGGUUUGAUACCGGACAAAAAGAUGGCGGACGAAGUGAGCACACGCAAGCACAUGGCCACCCUGGUUGAAUUCGUUUUUUCUAUGAGGGACAAACUCAAAGACAUCAACGACAACUCAUACAAUAACUUUAUGCUCAGAGUCGGUAUCAACGUCGGGCCCGUGGUGGCCGGUGUGAUUGGCGCGAGGAAGCCACAGUACGACAUUUGGGGGAACACCGUCAAUGUAGCCUCACGAAUGGAUUCCACCGGCCUGCCGAAUCAUACUCAAGUUACAGAAGAAGUGUAUCACGUGUUGAAGGAUAUGCCGUACCAGUUUGUGUGCAGGGGGAAGGUCAAAGUUAAAGGGAAGGGCGAGAUGACUACUUACUUCUUGACGGACCGAGCGCCAACUAACGGCACUGCGCAGAAUCCGGCUAAUCCUCCAUCUACGAAUCCCGCGACCGCCUACGGGGGCGUGGCCACUCCGCUAGCGAUGCUGCAGAACUCGGCCAGGAGGGCGGCGGCGCAGCCAUCGAGACUGCCGCCGGUGCGAGAGGCCUCGGUCGCAGGCGAGAACGAACCACUAUUGCCCACAAACAGUCAACAGAUCAACGGUAACAAUCACAAGGGCAGUAAAGGUCGCAGGAACAAAGACUCUAUCCCUGAAGAAGCUCCACCGCCGCCUCCUCCCCAUGGAAUGUCGAAUCCUAGAUGGCCGCCGCCUCGAGCACUGGUGCCGCCUUGGCCCCGUCCGCAGGAGCCCCGGCCUCCAGUAGCGCACAAGAGACGCCCCCCGACGCGCCUGCCGCGGCCUCGCUCCAGUGAGAGCCUACCGUUAACGCGAAGUCCCCGGGUCCAUUCGUCUGCGGACGAGUUAAGUUCUUUAACGCGAUCUCCGAGUCUUAGUUCGUCAGACGAAAGUUAUUCGCGAACAACUGACGCUUCUCCUUCGCCUCCCCGCAUAUCUCAAUGGCUCCCCGCCUCACGGCCGAACCGGUCGAGUCCUAAUCAGUCGUACGACUACCCGCCCUCAAGAGUGACGAAGCCUGUUUCGAAUCACAUCAACGAAAUAUAUUCGAAGCAUAAAAUUUCAAAAAAACCAUCGUUAGACGAUAAAUUUUUAGAUGUAGAUCAUCAGAAAGAGGAUGAAAAACUUCCAAGGACCAUCAUUAAUCUAUUACAAACUUCCGCGAAACGUGAUGGGUGCUGUCAAACGGACAAGAAGGAAGGCCGCAUGGGACAACGAGCCAGCUCAUUCUCCAGUUCGGGCAGCAGACCGAAUAAUUUCAAACAUUUCAAUCACGAUUCGGUAGACGUGUACACAAAAAGGAGUCCAUCCGACGUGGCGUGCGUGCCGCCUUUCGAAAGAGAAAUACAAAGACUAUUAGAGGAUAAAAAUCUCAUCAAAAACAAUCCACCCAAACUCGAAAGGAAAGAACUCAAACUCGAUCUAAGGAGCCAGAACCCGUCGCUGGAUUCGGUUCGCAACAAUAACAACAACAACAACAGCAGCCCGCUGCACGCGGUGGGGCUGGCGGCCAUCGCUCAGCUGGCGCGGCAGGACGCGCCCCCCGCCCCCGCCGCCGCCGACUUCCCCGGCGUGCUGCCCACCGACGUCGUCGUCCAGCUGCCCUCACCCACGCACUCAAGGGAACAACGCUCGACCCCGCAGUUUGAAAGGAAAGCGGAGGCCCUGGCGAUGAAAGAAAAACACGAGAAAGAAAUUCAAGAAAGACUACAAAGCAGGGUGACCACUUCUAACUUGAGGGAAAUGGGCCUCUACGGCGAAAGUCAGUCUGAAUGGAGUUCGUCUUGUUCGGAGGGAGAAGGCGACGGAGACUGUGGACACCCCGAGAGCACCGGAUAUACCACAGACGACCCCGCCCUCGAAAACGUGUCGAUGCUCAACGAGGCCGGGCUCACGGACGCCGAGGCGGCCCUCAGCGACGUGAACUCUUGCUACCUGGACCGCGACGACGACGUCUCCUCGCGGGCCUCCUCGCGGCUCCUCGACUCCGAGGCGCUCGUGUCUCUGGAGUCGCUGAGCGCUAUAUACGACUCCGACGAGCCCGCCCACAGGUACUUGGCCAACAUCCGUACCGUCAGCGAAUCCAUUACGAGGAACUUCGGGCAGCCGGCGCACGUCACCGACGCCGAAAGCGAUGUUUAGCGAUAAGUGUGAAGUAGGGACUUCAAUGAACCCUUUAUAAAGUGAAUUAUAGGUAAACCGAUCACUCGUAAAGCAGAGUGACCAUACGGUCAAUUGUGAUACAACAUCUCAAAUUAAACUCGAUCAUGACAGAGCUCCCAAAGAAGUAAUAGUAGGGUUUAUGCGGAUGAAAUUAUGUUUUGUGGCUCUCUAUUUGAUAAUUAUGUAAUACUCAAAACUAUAUCACGGAAUACUUCAUUAUUAUUAUUUACUGUUUCCAUGAACAUUCUAACGUGCCUCGUGUCAGUAAUUUUAGUGUAUUAAUAAUGUAUAACUGUAUUAUAUUCAUGUAAAGUAAUUGUGCCAUGUGAUGGCGUUCGCGUCAGUUCGGGGUGGAUAAAGAUCUCUACAAUUAUAAGGUGCUCUGAAGUAGAAUUAUUUCAGGUUUCGUGAUCUGUAGGUAAAAUGAAUUUGAGCGACCAAUCUUCGUCGACUUCAAAGUAGAUAUUUACCUGGGGCUGGACCCUACUCAUUAGGUCUGAGUUCAUUGAGUGAGGUGAAACGGAUUGAGCUGUUAAAAUAUUGUAAAUAUGAACAAUGCAUUUCAAUACUUGUAGAAAUAUUGUUACCAUAGGCUGAAUGAUUUUGCUUAAUAAUAGUUGAUUCCUUAAAAAUAUCAUAUCAUCAGAUGGGUCUUGCUUAUUUUUUUUGUUGUAUUUUAGUGGUGUUAAUAUCGCAAAUCUAGUCAGUUUCUUCAAUUUACAUUAUUUUUCUUCGAGAUCUGAAUGAGGAUUAUUUCUAUGCAGUAUAUAAUAAAAUGUAAUCAACAUAUGACAGAAACCAUUCUUAUCAACUUGUUUCACAUUAUAAUUUAUAUAGAUAAAGACAAAACAGUUAAGUACCAUAUUCGCGUGUGUUUGUCAAUCGAUUUUCUUUUUUUUUUGUUUUGUGCCUGACAAUGAUAUUUAGUGUCAUAAUUUUUUUUUUCUAGAACGAAGAUUCCUUUUUUAAAAUUCCUAUCAAGACAAAAUAGGAUAAACUUAAUAUAUAAAAACUAAAUCUUGAGAUUAGGAUGAAAUUUCAAUUAUUGGACAAACAGUAUGUGUUAUGUACUAAAUGUAAACUUGUCAAUUUAUUUGUUGAAUGAUUAGAUUGUACUGUUUAUGUUUGACGAAGCUUUUUACUUAGAUUUGUACUUAAAUUCGUUAAAUUAAUCGAGCUACAAUAUUAAGUGAUAAUACCUACAAAAUUGCAGUUAAUGGAAGUAGUGGAAUUUUAUUAAUUUUCAAGCUUAAUACUAUUUCUAGCAGUAACUUUUUUAUUUAAGGAAAAUGUUAAUUCUCUAUUUAAUUCAAAUUCGAAAGACACUUUCAGUGUUUCAGCUUCUGAUUUUCAUUAUGAUAUUAAUACUGACGACUGUAAAAACUCUGUUAUUCUUGUAAAUAUAUUGUUAACCAUAUAUUUCAAUUCCACUGGAUCGUUUCAAACACUUUAAUUCUAAAUGAAUUGAUAUUAGGUCUCUAAAUAAUAAUGUCGUAAAUUGUUGUUCUAAUUUAAAUAAUAGACAAACUUAGUGCCAAAUAUUUUUAUGUGUUUGCUAAUAAUUGACAUAUACUUUCUUUUUUUUUAAUAUAUUAUAAAUAAAUAGUAUGAUUUUCGAAAAAAAAUAAACCAAUCAGUUUUUGACUUAUACUGGACAAUAUUUCUCAUCAUAAUCAUGUAGAAGCAAAAAAAAAAAUAACUCCCUAGACUAGAAUAACAAACUAUGUUUAUGGGACGAAAUUAUUUAUAAUAUAAUCAGUUUUUACAAUUUAUCGGUAUAUAUAGAGCUUUGCUGCGAGUUCACAUUACUGAAGUUACGUCUCGUCGAGACAUGUAGUCGAAACAUAUGACUUAAAGCACAAAAACGUUUUAGCUUUAAUGUGAAUAGUUAACAGCUUGGAUGCAGUAAAUGCGUUAGUAAUAAAUUAAAAUAUUGUAUAAUUUCCUGUAGGUAACUAAAUUGCGCCUUCUAUAUAAUGUGUUAUUGUGUAUUUUUAUUCAUUUCACUCCUAUUAUUAUGCUGUAAAAUGAAAUAUUUACGAAUUAAAAGUGUUAUAACACCAUACCGAAGUUUUCUUUUAUAUGAAUUUUAAUAUAAAUUAUAAACAUGAACAAACAUUAAUGACAAUAAACUAGAUGGAAAAGUAUGUAUAUCACUGUUCUUUGCUCAAUGGUCUACGUAGCCCAUAGACAUAAACAAAGUAAACGUAACAAGUAACGUA